CGCCGUCUCUGGGCACACUGCAUUGUUGUUGCUCGGCGAGGAAAUACUAUUAGUAUUUUUUUUCGUUCAUCCUGUUUAAGUGGACGAGACGAGCGGCGGCCAACUCGACCCCUAGCCGAAAUUCAGAAAGUCUAUUGCUUUGGUCGAGAACAGAUUGUCAGGGAACUUGACUUCAUUUACGCUCCCAAACAAACGGCAAAGAAAAAGCAAAGCAUAUACAUAUGUGACAACAAACGCCAGGGAAAAACAGGAAAGCUGAGCAAAGGAAAACCAAAUAAGAAAACAAGCAAUCGAGAAAUUGUGAAGCGGCAACUGAAGCAGCAACAUGGACAUAUUGAAUGAGUUCAGCAAUGUAUUCUGGAGUACGCACAUCUGGCUGCCGCCGAACACAACCUGGGCGGACAUUGCGCCCGGCUCGCGUCCAGAUGUGGUGCACGCAAACUACAAGGACCUCAUCUGGCCCAUUCCAUUCGCCGCUGUCGUCAUGCUGGUCCGCUACACGCUGGAGCGUUUCUGGAUAUCGCCCGUAGGCAAAUCACUGGGCAUACGUAGUUCUAGGCCUAAGAAAGCGGCAAAUGUUCCUAUUCUGGAGAAGACCUAUGGCAAAUCGACGCGAUUGGACAAGAAAAAGUUGGUUCCGCUGGCCAAGCAGACGGAUAUGAGCGAGCGCGAAAUCGAGCGCUGGUGGCGUUUACGCAGGGCCCAGGAUAAACCGUCGACGCUGGUGAAGUUCUGCGAGAACACGUGGCGCUGCAUUUACUAUCUGUACAGCUUCAUCUUUGGCGUGAUCGUGCUGUGGGACAAGCCCUGGUUCUGGGAUGUAAAGAGCUGCUGGUACGGCUACCCGCAUCAGUCGAUCAGCAAUGAUAUCUGGUGGUACUACAUGAUUUCGAUGUCCUUCUACUGGUCACUCACUGGCACCCAGUUCUUCGAUGUGAAACGCAAGGACUUCUGGCAGAUGUUCAUCCAUCACAUGGUCACCCUGCUCCUAAUGUCGCUCAGCUGGGUAUGCAAUCUGCAUCGCGUCGGUUCGCUCGUCCUGGUCGUUCACGAUUGCGCCGACAUCUUCUUGGAGGCCGCCAAACUCACCAAAUAUGCCAAAUAUCAGAAGCUCUGCGAUGCGAUCUUUGCCAUCUUCACAGUGGUGUGGAUUGUUACGCGUCUGGGCUUCUAUCCACGCAUCAUUUAUAGCUCAUCUGUGGAAGCACCGCGCAUUCUGCCCAUGUUCCCAGCCUACUACAUCUUCAACUCACUGCUUCUGAUGCUGCUCGUCCUGCACGUCAUCUGGACAUACAUGAUCCUCAAGAUCGUUGUCGACUCUCUGCAGAAGGGUCUGAUGUCCGGUGACAUACGUUCCAGUGAUAGUGAGGAUCUCACAGACAGUUCGGGGAAUGCACGUCUGGCCAAUGGCUCGGCGCGCUCCAAGAACAAGUCGAACACCAGUGCGCCAUCGGAUAAGGUAUCUGUCGGAGGAGCAGGAUCAAGAGCAGGAGCAAAAGCUGCGACAACGGAACGGAGAGAGGAGUAGCUGAGACACCAAUACCACUAGUAGGGGCCACACUUCCCGAGAGCAGGCGCAACAACAACAGCAAACAAACAAACUCCACACACACCCCAAGCACACAACACGAACACAUACACAUACACAU